AUGGCAUUCGUCGACAUCUUCCCGCAUCUCGGCUCUGCCGGUUCGCUUCUCUCUGGACUUGAAGUCCUUGCUCGCUUUUACGCCUGGCUCUGGGCUAAACUUUUCGGAAAACCUCAGGAGAGCACCCCUGAAGGCUUUGUGGCGCGCCCCUCCGCCAACUGGGCUGACUUGCCCAAUCUUCUUCUUGCUAUACUAAAAGUCUUGUCGGAGAUCAACGGUCGCGCUUGUUCGAUCAAAGAAGACGUAGACUAUUGUGGUCAAUGGCUCGAGUUCAUUGCUGAAGAAAGGCUCAAAGAGAGAUUUGAAGACGCCGGCCUGGAAUGGGAUGGUCCCCUCUUCAAUCCUGACCCAGAAGAUAGGCGAGCCGACCUGCCUCCUUCUGAAGAGUCCUAG